UAUAUUUCUUUAUUUUUUAACUAUUUAUAAAGUUAACUAUUUUAUUGUUAUUAUUUCGACAGUUUGAUGUAAAACUAUCACUAAGUAAAUUCAUUUAAAUUUUGAUGAUAACUUUCAACCAAGUUUUUUCAAUGAAUCAAAAACACGCAUUAACGAUUUUUCGAAUCUAAAUAACGAUAGGUACAUUUACAAGCAUUUUAAAAUUGUUAAUGAAAAUGCAAAUCAGUCCAACUCGAAGAUCGUUGACCACAUUCAACGUAGCGUUCUAAUAAAUGCCAUAAAUUUGUCAAUUUCCUAAAAGUAUUGUCUUGCUUAUAUUGUCAUUUUCUUUUUGUUUUGUUUUGUUUUGUUUAAUUAGCACAUUAAUAUGUAUAUUUAAUGUACGGUAAAAAAAAUUGUUUUUGUUUAGAUGUAGCACCGAAGGUCAACAAAUCGGAUUCUAAUCUCUUAAGGAAUCCUUGAAAGCCCCACCAUUUUCUCUAAAAUCCUUCCCCACUUCCUCUCUCUCUCUUUUCCUCUCUCAUCUAUUGUAUAACAUAUGAGGAUACUUUUAUAUUUAUUAUUCUUAUUCUUGUGUUUAUUCGUGAGCCUUCUUAACGUAUUUCUUAAUAAGACUUUUACAUUUAUAUCAAAUUAUUCCAUUUUCUUACGAUUAUUUCGGUUUUAAGCGCAAAAAAAAAAAGAAAAAAAAAUCUUCAAUCGACCGUCGAGUUUUUCAUAUUACAAUUGUAACGUCAAUUUAAUAAUAUAUCAUCGAUAUAAAAAGAAAUUACGUAUUACCAUACGUGAUAAUCUUACGUCAAAUGGAGAUAAUAUCUUGGAAGACAUUUGAAACGAAUUUAAAACGAUUCAUAGGAACACAGACAUUAAGAGAGGAAGAUAUAAGACAUGAUGAAGAAUCAUCGAAAUUUUCCGAAACAAGUUAUCAGGAUAUAUUUAAAAAGAUUGACUCAUUAAAAACUACGGCGAAUAAUUUCAUCCAUAGAAUGAAUACAUAUAAUUCAAAAAAAACUUUACCAGAAAAUAUAGAUAUUGCUAAUUAUAAAAAUCAGACAGAAAAAUCCGAAAAUACAGACGAUAAACCUGUACAUAUUCAAUUAAAAGUAACAAAUGAAACAGAUAAACCUUUAUUUUCUACUGAUACUAUAUCCAACAUUAAUCGCAGUUUAAAAGAACAUUUAAGUCUUAUAAGUGACUUCAAUGGAUCCAAUAGAUAUGUAGAAGGAUUUAUUAAUGAUGUUAAAUUUGUAUUAAAUCUUCUUACUGUAAGAGAAAAGACUUUAUUUAUCAAAUUAGUUUAUGCAUAUAAAAUAAAGGGAGCUGCUAAAACUUUAUUAGAUAAAUUUGUCAUUUCUUCGAUAGAAGAUUUUUUUCAAAAACUUCGUUUGUGUUAUAAAGAUAUAAACAAAUUUGUUCAUUAUAAAACGAUUAGGAAAAGAUGCACUCAAGGAACUGAUUCAGUGUUAACGUAUAAUAAAAAAUUUCUACGAGCUGAACAAAAUGUUUUAAGAACUAUUUAUGAGAAUGAAAAUUUAACUUUGUGUCAAAAGAAUACUUAUAUGUCUAUUGAAAAAGAUAAUGGAUUGAAGGAAUACAUUUCUGGUUUAAAUUACGAUUUCAGAGUUUUACUUGAAAUCAAAUGUCCGAGGUUUUUACUUGAGGCACAAACAAUGGCGUUAGAUUUAGAAGCAAGACAAAAAAAUGUGUUUUAAUUCAUGACUCAUAAGGUGUGAGCAACAUAAGUAAUAUUAUUUAAUAUUCGCUUUUAUUAUCAGACUAAUAUUAAAGUAAUAAUAAUAAUAAUAAUAAUAAUAAUAGAAAUAGAGAAAAGAUAAACCAAAACUGUUCCUUUUAAAUCAAGACAUUUUCGAAGUUUUUUUACACUUAUAUUAUAUUAAAAAACAAUAUCUAUAUAUACAUAUCUAAAAUAUUAAA